AUGACUAGAAAAAAGGUGAAACUUGCUUUCAUUGUGAAUGAUGCGGCAAGAAAAACCACAUACAAGAAAAGGACGAAGAGUAUGAUGAAGAUGAUUGAUGAAAUAACCAUGCUUUGUGGAGUUGAAGCUUGUGUUCUAAUUUAUGGCUCUUCUUAUGAUCCUCAUCCUGAGAUCUGGCCAUCACCACACGGAGUCGAAAAGGUUCUCUCGAAAUUCAAGACAAUGCCUGAAUUUUUGCAAAACAAAAAAAUAUUGAAUCAAGAGACUUUCUUGAAACAAAGGGUUUUAAAAUUUAAAGAACAACUAAACAAGCAACGGAGAGACAAUAGGGUGAAAGAGAUGACAAUGUACAUGUUUGAAUGUCUCAACGCUGCGAAAAUUGUGUCCAACAAUACAUUUAAGGCUGAUUUGAAUAAUUUGUCAUGUAUGAUUGACAUGAAUUUGAAACACAUUGAUAGAAGGUUGGAUAACAAUAUUAAUAGUCAAGUCGGAUUCGAAAUGCCACAACUGCCUCCCCAGGCAUCAGCAUCCCAGAAUGGUCAUGAAGAUGAAGAAAUUCUGUUUCGGAACGAAGUUAAUCUUGAAAAUGAAUUUUGGUCAAAUCUACUGCCUUAA